AUGGCGCGAAUCGCUGUAAUAUAGCUUUACACGUCUAGAUUUGAUAAAUAAACUAGACAGAAUCGCUAAUGAUUUAUCGUAGUAUUAUUAUAUGCUGUUUCUACCUGUGUAGAUGCACAAAAGUCAUAAAACGAAGCUGAAAUGUGGUGAACGUCUUUUAGGAGAUUUAAGUUUUAAUCGUCGCACAGAUACUUGCGCAGUAACUUAGCGAUUACAUGUCACCAUGUCAAAAGCCAGCAAGGAUGCAUACAUUGUGAAGUUUGUUGAAAGCAAUGGACAAAAGAGAGAUGUGGCUCUCCAGGCCUAUAAGGCAAUAGUGGAGUUGCAGUCAGAGAAAUAUGUGCAGAUGGUGGAUGAGGAAGCGGCUCUAGAGCUGGACCACAAUGACAAAUCACUGUUUGUGUUCAGUGACUUCACCAGUACUGCCUUUGACCACUGCAGAAGGCUGGGAUGCAGGAUUGUGAGUCCUCUAGUAGUGCUUUUCUGUCUGCAGAGGCAGAGAUGUGUGCCCAAAGCAGAGCAGCCUGUGUAUAACAUGUCUAUGGCUGAUGUCACAGUCUCCUGCACUAACCUCGACAAAGAGGCACGGAGUGAAGUGAUGGAUCUUAUCCAGCUGAUGGGUGGACGGGUCUACCGGGAUCUCAACGUGUCUGUUACUCACCUUGUGGCAGGUGAAGUGGGGAGUAAAAAAUAUCUGGUGGCAGCAAGCCUUGGGAAGCCCAUCCUGUUACCCAGCUGGGUGAAAGCAUGCUGGGAAAAGUCUCAGGACAGUGUUUUCCAUCACUCUGAGCUGAAUACAGAGGAUUAUCGGUGUCCAGUCCUAAAAGGCUGUACAGUGUGUGUGACGGGCCUCUCUACUGUUGAACGUAAAGAGGUUCAAAGGUUGUGUGAUCAGAAUGGAGCCACCUACACAGGGCAGCUCAAGAUGAACGAGUGCACUCACCUCAUUGUCAAUGAACCCACUGGUCAGAAAUAUGAGUUUGCCCGUAAAUGGAACGUAUACUGUGUGUCCCUGCACUGGCUAUUUGACAGCAUAGAGAAGGGCUUCUGUCAGGAUGAGAGCAGGUAUGCCGUGGAGCGUGGAGAUAAGAGAAAAACUGAGGAUAAGUCUGGCAGACCAAAUACUUCUACUCCUACAGGACACAGCAGGAGUAAAGAAGAUGGUCCCUCGCUAUUGGGAUUGAGUCAUAUCUCCAACAUCAGCCUUAAUGUCAAUGAAACGGCCCUCACUACAGCAGGAAUCAGCCACAUAGAGAUGCCUGAUCCAGUCGACUCAUUUGACAUCACCGUCUGUCGAGUUGAUGACUUGCUGGACGGCUGUAAGUUGUAUCUGUGUGGCCUGUCAGGAAAGAAACUGGAGAAAUUGAGGCGAAUGGUGAACACUGCCGGAGGUCUGCGCUUUAACCAGCCCACCCAAGAACUUACACAUAUAGUAAUGGGAGAAGCAGACCAGGGAAUCAAAGCCUUCCUUGACAACGCAACUCACAGACCUCAUAUAGUGACCGUGCAGUGGCUUCUAGACAGUUUUUCCCGUGGUUCCUUGCUCCCUGAGGAUGGCUACUUCCACCAGUCUUUCUUGCCCCCAGCCCUAGCCGCUGUUGAUAUACCUGCACUUCACAAAGCUGCCCCUCGUGCCUCCAGACCCUCUGUAGCUCCCCCUCCUGCCCCUAGUCCAGCCCGACAGUCCAGAGCAGAGGAAGACCUGCUCUCCCAGUACAUGGGGAACGACCAGACUGUGGUGGAACUGCCUCAGGACACUGACGAUACCAGCAGGAGGCAUGGCGUUUUACUUCCAGAACCUCUGGUUGAAGGGAAGGACUCCACUUUGGCUGAAGCCUCAGAGGGUGGCCUUUUUUCAGGGAAGCGCUUCAUUUUGGUUGGUUUCGGAGCUGAGGCUGAAGCCCAGCUGUCAGAGCUAGUCAUGGAAAACGCUGGGAAGAUUUUGGUUGGCCGAUCGAGAGCUGUGGCGCAUUAUGCUAUCGUGCCGCUGCUGGGCUGUGACGUGGAGGCAACAGUAGAUGAGGUUGCCACAGAUACCUGGCUGGCCAUGUGUGUGGAGCAGCAGUGUGUGUUGCCACUUGCCUCUCAUCCUCUGUUCACUCCAGUGGCAGUGAGAGAAGGCUUCUCUCCUCUUAAAGACUGUGUGCUGUCAGUCAGUCAGUUCACUGGAGCUGAGAGAGAUUCACUCAUUCAGCUCGCCAAACACCUGGGAGCGAGUGUCCAGGAUUACUUUGUGCGGACUGCUAAUCAAAGGAAGGGAAUGCUGGCCAGCACACAUUUGGUUCUCCAGACACCUGAGGGCACCAAGUACCAGGCAGCUCAGAAGUGGGGUCUGCCUGCAGUCACAAUUCGCUGGGUUUUAGAAUCUGCUAGAACAGGGAAACGUGCAGAUGAGGGCCAAUACCUGGUUGACUUGCCACCUUCUCCAGAGAGAACAGAAGACAGUUUUGUUGGAGCGUCUCAAAAAGAUCCUCCACCACUGCGCCUACAUCAGCGCUCACCAGAGCUCCCCUUACUGGGCCCACAAAAUAGUGAUGCCAUCACCCCUCUGGACACAGCUCGCUUUCAGAGUCGCACUGUCCGCUCAGCGGUCAGGAAGCUAAAACAGGGAGAGGAGGAGCAGGCCGAGGUGGCCACCCCAGGACAGGAGGAUUCCAAAGGAGCACAGCAGAAAGACUCAUCUCUCCAUCUAGAUACUCCCUCUCGCUUUCUAAGCAGAGACAAACUCUUCGGGCCAUCAUUUAACACAAAGGAUGUGUUUGACCAUUUACAGACUCCUGGUAAUAUAUCCCAGCAAGGUCAAGGGGCGGAGACUCCUUUGUCAGAUGUCAUCGAGAGGAACCUUAAAGCUGCCGUUGCUAACAGCAACCGCAGUCACGUCACAAACCUCGCAGCCAUGACUGCCAGUCCACAACUGGGGAAAGAGCCUGAACCUGAGGUGGAGCAGAAGGCCGCAGCUCCUCUUAGUGGGGUGGUGGUGUGUGUGAGCAAGAAAUUAAGCAAGAAACAGAGUGAACUCAAUGCAGUGGCCGCUUCUCUUGGUGCAGAGUUUAGAUGGUCUUGUGACGACUCGGUCACUCAUUACAUCUACCAGGGUAAAGUGGGAGACAACAGUAAAGAAUACAGAGCUGUCAAAGAGAGAAGACUCUAUAUAGUUUCACAACACUGGCUACAGGCUUGUGCAGAUGAGCAGAAGCAUGUGUCGGAGUCGCUUUACCCUUUUACAUUCAACCCCAAAAUGAGCCUCACUAUGAGUCAGAUGGCAGAUUCCACUCAGAGAUCACCUCCUUCUGCUACCCCCCGCACCAGACUGAGAACUUUUGCUGAGAAUGAGGAGACCAGGUUGGGCCCUGAUGAUGACAUUACAGACAUCUCAACUCCUAAGCAAGGCAGUUUGGGAGAGCCUGAGAAAGAUCAAACCAUCAGCACAGAGAAGAAAAAUCUCACAGAAACACUGGAGAUGAGAGAGAGUCUUCAAAGGCAGCUUCAGGAGAUCAUGUCUGCCACUAAACUGACCAGCGGUCGUCGAGGUUCCUCGCGGUUGGCAAGAACAGGUCCAGGGGGGCUGGAUUCUCCCCACACCCCUGACAGCCUGGGACGAAUAACCAGACGCAGCCGAAAUUUAGAGGCCAUACGGAUGUCACGUCAGGUGUCUGUGGAUCUGAACACAGAGCCGUCCCAGAGUGAGCAGAUCGUUUGGGAUGACCCCACAGCACGAGAAGAAAGAGCUAAACUGGCUGAUAACUUGCAGUGGCCUGGCAGCCCCUCUCAGCACUCUGAACCUCUGACGCUCGUCCCACCGCCACACUCUGACCACACAGCCAAUGGCAGAGACUCCAUGACUGACUCUGAACUGGUGGAAAUGGCUGCAUUUGAAGUUAUUGAUGCGCAGCUAAAGCCAAAGGGGACCUCAUCUCGAGUCGACACACUACACAACCCUAAAACACCUGAAGCACCUAGUAUUGCUUUCCCCGUCUCUAAGACUGCAGCCCUUCCUCUUCCACGGAUUGAAGAUGAGGAUGAGGAGGAAGAGUUGAAGAAGGAUCCUCCACGAUUCCUGCUUUCAUCGUUGAAUCCACAGGAACGCAUCGACUACAGCCAUCUCAUAGAGGAACUUGGUGGUGUUGUGCUGGAGAAGCAGAGUUUUGACCCAAGCUGCACUCAUGUGAUUGUGGGUCACCCUCUGAGGAAUGAGAAGUAUCUGGCCGCUAUGGCCGCGGGCAAGUGGGUCCUUCACCGCUCAUACCUGGAGGCCUGCCGAGCAGAAGGACACUUUAUACUGGAGGAUCAGUACGAGUGGGGCAGCAGCUCUAUACUGGAAGCUUUGCCAUCCAUCAACUCACAACAGAAGAGACUGGCACUGGCCGCCAUGCGUUGGAGGAAAACACUACAAGGCUGCUCAAACAAGGAGGGAGCGUUUGGCGGCUGGAUUGUGAUGCUGAAUAUUGACCAGGCCAGAGAGGCUGGUUUCAGAAGACUUCUGCAGUCUGGGGGAGCUAAGGUGCUGCCAGAUCCUUCUCCCUCACUGUUUAAAGAGACCACUCACCUGUUUGUGGAUUUCAGUCGGUUAAAACCAGGUGAUGUCAGAGUGGACAUCAGUGAGGCUUCGGCUCAUGGGGUCAAAUGUCUUAAACCAGAAUACAUCGCUGAUUAUCUCAUGCAGGAACCGUCUCCUUCAAUGGGCGCUUACUAUCUUCCUGGAGCAGCUGCCAAUGAAUCAGAGAAGGUUGUAGAUGCAUCUUCACGCAAACGGAAAGCCUCUGGGGACAUGUCUACAUUGAAGAAAAGCCGUAUGAGAUGAAACCCUCCUACUUCAUGCUCAAGUUAAAUAUUUAAGUCAUUUUACAUUACAUUGUACAUGAAUUCUGGUUUGUCAAUAAAAAAAUUAUUCAGAAUGUGAA